AGAAAUUUCUGAGUGGCGACCUGGCCAAUUGUAAUGUUUGUUUUUCAUAAUUUGUGAAUAAUUUUCUUAUUCCCAGGACCGUCUACGGUAUAUUAUGCCAUAAUAAUCAACCCGGAAUAUUAACUCAUCAAAGUAGGGUGUAUUCCAAUGUAUCUGUAAGUAUUCCGAUGUAUUCUAAAUAUUCCGCUAAGCAGGUGCACCCGACGAUGACCCUUGACAUUCCACCAAAGCUCAUAUUUACUUAGGCGUCUGGGGGGUAGUGACGUGUUUUACGUUCUCCCCUUUCUCUCUUCCCCUCUUGUUGUUUUUACGUCGUUUCUGCACUCAAUAAUGUACCAUGAGGAAGAAGAAAAGAAGAGGAUCCCCUGGGCAUUGUCAUAAAGGCAUUGUGCCGUAUGGAUCGGGGAUAAAAUCGUGGGAUUGACAGAUGCAACCGCAGAAAAAAAUCACCAAGGCUCCUGUCACAGUAUCAAACCACGAUAUUGCAGUACCAGAUUGAAUCUGGAUCUCCUGUGAUUUGAUGCUGCUAUAAGAUAACAGUAAAGUAAAAACAGCUAUAAAACAUGGGAUCAGGGUCGAGCUCACCCCAGCCUCCCACCAGACCCCAGGCACAGGUCCUACCUUCACAGCAAGGACAGCCGGUACAGCAGAGACGGGGCAACUUCGAGGAGGUACAGCUCCAAUAUGGACAGCCGCAAGCUGUUCCAGCACAUGGCUAUGGACAGCCAAGAACUCAAGGUGCAUACGGACACCCAAACUACAAUACGUACGGCUCUCAGGGUUAUGGAAAUCCACAGCAAUAUGGGAAAAGCAAUGGAUACACACAUCAUUCUGAGUAUGGAGCAGGAACUUCUACAGGGUACGGUGGACAGCAACAGAGACAGAGGGAUGAUUUUGAUGAUGACUUGGACGACUGGAUUGACCAGAAGAAUAGUCAGGUGCCAUCCCAUCAGACGAAUACACAGCAGUCAUCUGCAGUAUCUGAAGACGAUCUCAUACUAGAAACCUUCCAUCACAACGAUGGGACACAGUAUACAGUGUUACGGCAAAGUGGGCACAGGGCAUAUCUGGACUGGCAAACUCAGGAUUGGGUGCAGUUUCCAAAUGAAUGGUUGGGACAGGGUCAUUUUGGAGAGCAGGACACUCUAUUCACUGAACAGGUCCAACUACAGACCACCAGUGAUGCGGAGGAACCUGGUACUUCAGGUACCAUGUCCAGUGGUUAUGGUACCGAGGAGACAGCCUCCUCCACACCUGAUGAUGACAGGGAUGGAUACUUUGACCACCCACUCAAGGGAAGAACUGUCAUCACAUACAUGUUUGAGGAAAAGAGGAAUGUGUACUGCUACAUGGAUGAUGAGACAGGCUACUGGAUCAACAUGCCUCUGAUGUGGGAACUGCAUAACGAAUACAUCAGAAAACAAGUGCAUGAAAUACAGGAGUCUAUUCCUACAUGGACAGAUGAAAUUGACAUCUUAGCCAGUUUGAGACAGUGUAACUAUAAUACUGAGCAGACGGUAGCUAACUAUCUUUGUCUGGGAGAUCCCAAUCUAGGUGCCAAACGCUGGGGAGGUGGCAGAGAAGGACAACAACAACUACAGGAGAAGGACAGACAGAUCCAUACCUUACAGGAACAACUCAAGCAGAAGGAGCAGGAAAUCCAGUCUCUUCUUCAGCAAAGAGUAGCACUGAAAGCUGAAGUACAGGAAAAAGUUGAGAAGGUUUCGGAGCUGAAUGAGAAAGUGUUGGACCUGGAGGUGGAGAACAAUGACAUGCACGUCAAGCUGUCAGCAUCACACAUGCAGAUGGAGAGGAUGAAGACAAUGACUCCCUCAUCUUUCUCAAGACGUCGCCAUGGUGAUGAGUCUGGCUUUGACUCCCAGAGAGAGUCCUCUGCUGAGUCCAUGACUGUGGUGAAGGCCCCGCGGACCCCCACCCCCGAACCACAGCCUCCCCCGGGCCCUACCGUGGACGAGGAAACACUGAAGGCUCUGAACCACACAGCGCUGGAGCUGGACAAGUCUUACCGCAGUCUGAAGGGUGUCGUCAAGGAUGGCUUCUUAGACCUGCAGGACCUAACAAAAAGGGCCAUCUCCGCCCUGGGACAGAUCAGUGAGAUGGACAGCAGUAGUGGUGCAGAGGUGGAGGAGCUGAGGGUCCUGUACAGGAAGGAGGCUCUACAGAGGAAACUUCUUUACAACCAGCUCCAAGAACUGAGGGGAAACAUCCGUGUGUUCUGCCGCUGCCGUCGUGAUGACAGGGUGGGGGGGUACAUGCAGUUCCCCAACGAUGAGGACAUUGUUGUACCCACCGGUGGGAGCAAGAAGAGCUUCAGCUUCGACAAAGUCUUCUCCCCGGCCUCCACUCAAGAACAGGUGUUUGAGGACACCUUACCUAUUGUACAGUCCUGUGUGGAUGGCUACAACGUGUGUAUUCUGGCUUACGGACAGACUGGCUCAGGAAAAACCUUCACCAUGAUGGGCCCAACAGAUAACCCAGGGGUCAACAUCAGGACAAUUAAGGAGCUCUUAAGAAUAUGUAAUGACAAGGAGACUGUGGACUACACUCUUAAGAUUUCCAUGGUUGAAGUGUACAAUGAAACCCUGUCAGAUUUACUGAAGGAAGGGUCCAUAGGCAAUGCCACACUUGAUAUCAGGACCAUGGGUAAGAAACAGGUGAUCACAGGCCUGACAGCCAUCGAGGUGAAGACUGAAGGGGACAUCACAGAUACCAUGGAGACAGGCUUCAAGAACAGGACUACUGCCUUCACCAAGAUGAACGCUGAAAGUUCUAGAUCUCACCUGCUGCUGAUGCUGACCGUGGAGGGACAUGAUAAGAUCUCCAGCACCACGUCCUUCGGUACCCUGAUGUUGGUGGACCUGGCCGGGUCAGAGAGGAUCUCUAAAACUGAAGCCACUGGACAGAGACUGGUGGAGGCUGCAGCUAUUAAUAAAUCUCUCACAGCACUCGGACAGGUGUUUCAGUCCCUACGGACCAAUGCCCUCCAUGUGCCUUACAGGAACUCCAAACUCACUCAUCUGCUGCAACCUGCACUGGGAGGGGAUGCAAAGGCCUGUCUGUUUGUGAUGGUGAGUCCUGAUGAGAAGAACGUGUCAGAGACCAUCAGUACCCUCACCUUCGGCUCCAACGCCAGACAGGUGUCGCUCGGAAAGGCCGAGAGGAACAUCACCAAAGGUGGCAAGAAGAAAUAAUUAUUAUAAGAAUGUCAUCACUU